AGACAUCAAACCCGACAACAUCCUGCUCGACCGUUGCGGGCACAUCCGCCUGGGGGACUUCGGCUCCUGCCUCAAGCUCCGGGAGGACGGCACGAUCUGCUCGUCGGUGGCAGUGGGGACCCCCGAUUACCUGUCCCCCGAGAUCUUGCAGGCCGUGGAGGACGGGAGCCACUCGUACGGCACCGAGUGCGACUGGUGGUCCCUGGGCGUCUUCGCCUAUGAGAUGUUCUUCGGGCACACGCCCUUCUUCGCCGACUCCAUCGUUGAGACCUACGGCAAGAUCAUCCACUUUAAGGAGCACUUUCGCUUCCCGCUCUCGGCACCGGAGGUGCCAGACGACGCCCGGGCCCUGAUCCAAGGGCUGCUCUGUCCCCGGGAGACGCGGCUGGGACGGAACGGGGUGCGGGACUUCCGGGAGCACCCCUUCUUCGCCGGCGUGGACUGGGAGGGGCUGCGGGCGUUCACCCCGCCCUUCGCCCCC